AUGCGCCAGAAGAUUCGAUCCCCCGCCACCACCAAAUCUGCCGACACCUUUCUUCUGGACCUGCCAUUUAUGUCAUUCACGAUAUAUCCUCGGCGUGACCCGGCGCUGCCUGAUCGACCAAGUCUGAGGAAAAGGAAGAAGCGCAGGAGCUGUACCAGCGAAUUCGACUAUGAGGGGUGGAAAGAAUGGGGCGAAUGGCGUCGCAACGUCCUGCAGACAAUGGAGAACCCGAGACUCUUGAAGGGCUGCGACUAUUGCGACUAUCCCAGUCAGUGCCGGUCUCUCGCCGACAUCCAGACCUUGACUGAGCUGGCGAUGUCGACAUCAAACACCACGCCGCGAGCAACAGGGGCCAUCGAGGGCGAAACCCCCAACUCCUCUUCGACAGAGACGGGUGGCCCAGAACAGAGCGUGGAUCCUCUCAUAUCUUCCGCUGGCACUCCAGCAAAAGAGAGGUCGGGGAAGCCGUCCAACGCCCACCCAAAACAGCCGGAAAAGAACAAGACUGCAAAAUGUUCGAAACAAGCCGUUGUUGCAAGGAAAGACCGUCACGUGGUGUUGAUUCCGUCCCUCCAAGAGGAGAUGGCCAAGGAAGCCAUGAAAUUACGGGAACUUAUUGAUAUGGACGUCUGGGGCGACUUAGAGGGAAAAGAUGUAGAUGGCGAUAUUAGAAUGAUAGCUUAG